GUCUCAUAAACGACCAUAAAAACACGCAUGGGAACGCGCCGCGGCUGCUGCCAUCCGCGCCGCCAAGGUGGCACAACCCCCGACAGAGGGGUGCAUUUUCAGCCAGGUACCCCCAGCAGGCUCCCAGGGAUUUCCAGCUGCACCAGGGUAACUCCUGGAGGAAAAAAUAUUCCCUUGUCAACCGGCCACUGGGAUCGGCAUGUGACGUUGGAAGCGGUGGAAGUACCAGCACGUCUCAGGCUUUUGGAAGCCAUGCGGGGGACAACCAGGCACCUGAGCCACCAGAAUCGUCCCCAGAGAGACAUGUGGACUUAACCACAGAUGGUAAUAUAGUUGUAGGGAUCCAGCUGCCACAGAGGGCUGGCCUGUUUGUAGAUACGAAAGAUUUUGCUGAUGUGGGUUCAUACUGUGAGUUUUCUGGGCUAAAAACGAUGGUCGCUGCUCCAGGUGACAGUAAAAACGUGCAGAAAUCUUUGUACGCAAGCCGAAAUGAAGAGAGAAGACCUUCUCUCUCCAUUUCAUUUAGUUCAUCUCACCGAACGGUGUGUCUGGCCGGCGACGUGGCUGGGAGUUGCCCUGCCUCCUGCGGAAGCACCAGUGAAAGUGCUGUGACGCUGAAAUCAGAGCCGCAACAGCCUUCGGUGUUGCCAGAUCGUGAGUCGCCUCGGUACUUGGUACGGAGGAAGGCAGAACCGCCGGUUCCAGAGCACUCUAGUUGUGAGCAAGUCAGGGAUGCUUUUAGAGAGCCGAAGCUCCUUGGAAAUGGUGAGACUCGCUCUAGACCUGCUCAGGCUGCGACUGUGGUGGUUGGGGUGACUCCAGUGAAGAACAGGUUUUCCGUAGUUCCCAAAGCCGCUGGUUUGCAAAGAGCUGCCUCAACAUCUGUUUCCAGCAAAGCUCCGAAGUUCAGGAAAACUAAUUACACGUGGGUCGCAAACCCUGGUAAAUGCUCUCGUACUGUGAAGAGAUGGGUUAGCCCUAGAGCUUCUGAAAGCUCUAAGAAGGUUGCUGGUGGAGUGGACAGAGGUACCAAACUAUUGCCAAAAGCAGACUUGGGAGCAAAACUGAAGAAAUCGGGAUUGCAGUCCAAACUGGGUGUUUCUCCCAGCAAAUAUAAGUGGAAAGCCUCCAGCCUGCAGACCUCGCCUUCCACCUCCAAGUCAGCAUUCAGGUGGCAAUCCGAGGAUCAGAAAAAGCCUCCAGCGCCCGACCUUCCUCGAGCUGACGCUGCCCCACCGCCUCCAAGCGCUGCGUCUAUUGGUCUUGGCGGGGCGAAGUCCUCCUUCGGCGAUGCCGUGCUGUCCAGUUAUAAAGUGAAGAGUCGGACAAAAAUCAUCAAGAGAAAAGGAAACUCGAGUUCCCCAACAGAUAAGAAGAACAGCUCCUUGCCCACAGCACCUCUGAAAAGCCACUUCCAUGUCAGGAAGAAAAAUUCCUUGCGGGGGAAACCUUCUGCGACACCGAAACGCUCACCCAAGGGUCUGGUGCAGGUCACCAAGCACAGGCUCUGCAGGCUGCCGGCCACCAGGACGCAGAUCUCCAACAAGGAAG